CCUUGAUCACAACAAACAUGGAGACGGUAAGCAAUGCUACAACAGAGCAAACGGCCUUGACAGGAGAAAAGCAAGACGAUUCCGACGACGAAGAUGAGGGGAACAUUGAUCUAGGUGUCGCAGGUUUACCUCAAGUUAACUUUUCAGGUUUAAAAAACGAAUUUCAAACGAUUAAUUUGGAUGGAGACGGGGACGACGAAGAGGAAGACGAACCCUCUGAUCGCGACCUCUCGGAUGACAAACGGAAGAAAAAAUACAGGAAAAAGAAGAAGAAGAACCAACCUUCGGAAAAUUCAUCCGACAGCAGUUCAGACGAUGACAGGAGAAGCAGCAGAAAGAAAAAAGAGACUGAAAUUGAUCCGUCUGACCUAACAUGGCCACUUUGGGUAUGGUACUACGUUGUAGCAGUAUCAAGUGGAGCUCUUAAAGUGGCUGAAUAUCUGGGAGAAAAGCUGGCAGCUUUCUUUGGAAUUACCACACCAAGAUAUCAAUAUGUUAUUGAUGAAUUUUAUAGACUCAAGGAGCAGGAAAGAGAAGAGGAAGAGCAAGAACGGAGAGAAAGGGAAUAUGUUGAAAGAAUGGCAGCUGAGAGAUUAGCAUCUUUAGAAGGAGGCAACAGCUUAGAUCUUCAAAAAGCUGCUGAAUUACUAAAUGGAAAUGUUGUCAAACAAAGUGUAGAGAACAUGCCAAACUAAUUUUGAACUUUUAUAACUGUUUCUGAACUGCAAUUUGCAAUUAUGUGGAGAGCACUGAAUGUUUGUAGUCACAUAACCAGUGCAAUUGUCCACUACCCUGCAAUGUCAAAAACUGUUAACAUCUUUUUUUUUUUUAAUCUCAUCAGCAUGCUGUACUUGUAGCUAAAGUAUAUGGUGUAGUAUAGACUUUUCAAUGUAGCUUUGAUUAUUGAAUGAAUUAGGCUUCAUGAUUAAGUACACUCUUUUGUUUUCAAUGUUGUAAACAUGUUUGUAAAGGGAGACACCUUUCAAUAUAACUUAGGGUAUGUCUGAGGAUACAAACAAAACCACAUUAAGUUGAAAAAUGGAUAUAUCUUCAAUGAGCUUGUAAAGAUGCUGUUUAUUCCAGUUUAUAUCAAGGGGAAAGUGCUGAAUUAGGCAUACAUUUGAGUGUAAACUUUGUACAUGUGUUCCUGCAUGAACCCACAUUGAUAGGGUUCUUAAAUAUCUAGAAAAUAUUUUUUAUGCAUCAGAAAAUUUUCAGAGCUCAAUUUUUCUACAGUAACUAGUUUACUGAUACGAAACUGUUAUUCAUCAGUAGUUGUAGUUCCAAACAAGGUAUCAUGACCCUAAUAGUAUGAAGUUGUAAGACAAAGUUUUCCUAGUGAUAUUAGCUCAAUUUGUAACUAUUAACAUUGAAAAUAACUUAAAUACAGCGUAGAACUCUUAUUUAGGGAAUUCCUUUCUGUACAGGGUUCGUACAGGUCCCAUAAAACCUGGAAAGUCAUGGAAUUUUUAUAAUUUCAUUUUCCAGGCCUGAAAAGUCGUUGUUUGGCUCCUGGAAAAUUGGCUGGUUUGCUAUGAGUGCAAAGCAACAUAGACCCAAAUUUUAAACAAAAAAUUCAAGAAACAAGAUUUAAUUUCAGUAUAAAUAAAUAUUGGCAGAAGAUCUACCCUUGUGGGUAUUCUUGUUUGACAUCUAUGCAAAUUUGUGAGCCAUUUGGAAUGAACUUAUCGGUACACUUACUUAACUUAGAUUAUUGAAGUUUUUGGGAAGUCAUGGAAAGUCACAGCUCAAAACUGUACAGACCCUGUAUAUAGCAAAGGAGGACCCCUAUGUCAAAAUGUAUAAAGGGAAUUUUUUUUUUAUUGAACUCUUUAGUCAUGUCGGGGAAGCUCUCUAAUGGCAAUUUUAACCCCAAUAUCUGAUUGGCAACAAAAUUUUCCAGCAAGGAGCAACUAGUAGUUGUAGUAUGUUUACUAUGUUAUUGUAACAUACAGGCUGGAUUUCACCAUGGCACAAUCAAUAAGGGAAAAAGUGAUGAUCAUUAUAAUGGAAAGGUGUGGGAAA